GGUGUGAGCACGGUGAAGAAAGGCACGUGUGCUGCAUGUAAUAAACCAAUCAUAGGCCAGGUUUGCACAGCUCUUGGUAAAACGUGGCAUCCCGAGCAUUUCACAUGUGUUGCAUGUGAGUUGCCACUGGGCUCGAGGAAUUUCUUUGAGAGAGAAGGCAAGCCAUUCUGCGAGAAAGAUUAUCAUGAAUUGUAUGCUCCAAGAUGUGCAUACUGUAAUGGACCUAUCCUUGAUGUAAGUGUGAUUACUGUUCAUUGCAUAAUAUGCAGUGGUGGAUUUAUGGGGGUGGGAGGUGGACAGGGGUGUGCACCCCUGUUGGCUUUGGUCAAUAGGGGUGCAUGGGGGGUUAAAUGUAACUUACUUUGAGGUGUAUGUUUGAGGUAUUGAAAGUUCAUCUUAGGCCAACUAAAAUUUUGGAAUUCAAGGCAGCACUACAGCACUAGUUCAUGAUACCCUAUGUUAAUAAUUUAGUUUUUGAUUAAUUAUUAAUAAUAAUUCAUUUGUGUAAUGUUGACUGUUGAGGUCUUGGGGAUUUAUAUUUUCUAUAAUUAUUAAAUUAUAUUUAUUCAACAUAUCUGUAAAUUGCAACCAAAAAACUACUAGGAGCACUUUCAUGAAAGUAUGCUUCUCCCCAGUCUGGGUUCACUGUGUUUGGCUGGUUUGCCCAGCUCCAAAAAACCUUGCUGGAUCCACCACUGAGAAUAUCUAUCUGGACACUUGCAGUACAAUUAUCUCUCACUAAUAUAUAAUAACUAUGUUUUGUUAAUUGUCAUUUUGUUAACCUGUUAACUUGUUAAGUUGCACCAGUCUUCAAUCCAUUUAAUAGGUGUAAACACUGUAUUAAUAAAUGAUAAAUUGACCAACUAAAUCUGUCCAGAUAAACAGAACCUAACAAAAACUAAAUAUCUGUGUUUAGUCAUGUGUAACUGCCUUGGACAAGACUUGGCAUCAGGAGCAUUUCUUCUGCCACCAAUGUGGCAAGCCAUUUGGUGAUUCAGGUUUCCACGAGAGAGAUGGGAAACCAUUCUGCCGAGAUGAUUACUUUGCCGCAUUCGCUCCUAAAUGUGGUGGGUGUGAACAGCCUAUCAUGGAUAACUAUAUUGCUGCCUUGGGACAACACUGGCACCCGGAGUGUUUCGUCUGCUAUGUAAGUAUGACAUUGUCAUAUGUACACUGAAAUAACAUUAUUUAUACUGCAUAACUCUAUUAGAAACCUAAACUAAACUAACUGUAUUUAUACUGGACAGCUCUAUAUCAUUUCUAAAGUUUUAAACUGUUCUGCCUAAAGGUCCAGUAAGCAUCAUCUCUUAUUGAAUUAUUGAUCCAAUGUUACUACAGGAGAAAACCUAAACUAACUUUAUUUAUACAAGAUAACUCUAUCAGUUCUAAACUUUUCUUCCUAGAGGUCCAGUAAGGAUCAUGCCUUAUUGAUCCAGUGUUACUACAGCAGGAAACCUAAACCAAACUAACUUUAUUUUGUAUGCUGGAUAUCUCUAUCAGUUCUAAACGGUUCUUCCUAGAAAUCCAGUAAGGAUCAUCUCUUAUUGAUUCAGUGUUUCUACAGGAUAGAUAAAGUUUAGUUUAGGUUUCCUUUAAACUCAAGUCUAUACUUAACAAAAUAUUUCUUCAUUUCAGGAAUGUCACCAGCCCUUCCCAGGCGGGAGUUUCUUCGAACACGAGGGCAAGCCUUAUUGUGAAAUGCAUUAUCACUCAAAACGUGGCACCCUAUGUUACAACUGCCAGAAACCUAUCACAGGUCGUUGUAUCACUGCCAUGCAUCGCAAGUUUCACCCGGAACAUUUCAUUUGUGCUUUUUGCUUGAAGCAGUUAAAUAAGGGCACGUUCAAGGAACAGAAUGACAAGCCGUACUGUCAUUCAUGUUUCGUGAAAUUAUUUGGUUGA